CUUUAAACUCACAGUGGACUCUUGUCACUCGAACAGAGUCCACCUCUCCCUAGACUCAGGCUUAAUAUUCACAGGGUGGAAAUCUGCUCAAAACAGCAGAGACUGAACUCUUUUUAUUCAGUGCAUGUUUUGUAGUAAAGUGCUUUUUUUUUUUUUCAAAAUAGUGGCAGCUAAAAAAUAAUUCUUGUCUGAAACAAAUGUGGUGAAAUAUCUUGGGUAUUACCUGCUGUUGCUAAAGGAAUACUUUCUACUGUGAUACAGCAAUAAUUUAUUUUUAAAAAACAAAUGUUUUUUUCCACUUUUUUUUCAAUUACAUGUGAAUAUCCAAGGAUGGAUUUGGUAAUUGCACUGAGUUUGUUUCUGUCACUGGUUGAAGCCAAGUACUACAAUCCAUUCCAGGUUCAUCAGUUUAAAUCUGGACUCCAUCCACAUUCUGGACAAGGGAAACCCACCAGCAGACACCAGAACCACUGUGCCUUUGUCACAGAAAAGACUGUGUCCUUCACUGUACAGGACGGGGCGGCUCCGUAUGUAAAAGCUGACUACAACCAAUGUUCCUGGGGUAAAAAAUGUCCAACGCUGUUGUAUCGAUUGCUGUACAAGCCACUUUACAAGGUGGAUCACAAAACAGUCACGGAGCUGGAGUGGCGUUGUUGUCCUGGAUAUUCUGGCUAUGACUGUAUGGAGCAACAUCCAGUUUACCAGCAUUCUAUGAGAAUGAUGCCACCAUUCAAUGGCCCAUCAAUGAAAGGUCCACAGUUUAAGGGUUCACCUGUUAAUUCUCCUGUGAAAGCCAACCCAUGGAGUCAACCAAAAGGACCUCCCAACAGUUUUAACUCCUACCCAGUACCUCACUUUGGGCCGAGGUUCUCUUCAUACCCUGAUACAUCUUUUGAGCCGUAUCCAUCUGAACCUGAGCCAGUGUCAGAACACCAAGAUCCACAUCUCUCCGUUAUCAACCAAGAACAUGAACAUGAGCGUAACCAGGCACCUGAGGAAAUUAUCCCAGAGGAAAUCCCUGUUCCUGCAGAAGAACAGUCAGAGGGGGUAUAUACAGGCCAACCUCUCGACAGCGAAACACAGGAGAGGAUAUUUCGAAUGGAAGAAGACAUGCGCCGUCUAAGUCAGGGUCUGGAGACUCUGAGGGGAACUGUGACAGGACUGGAGGAUAGCCUACGAGCAUCACUGAGAGAGGAUGCCAACAGGAUGCUGUUGGCUCUGCUCUCAACUGCUCCUGGUACCAUUACGGCUCCAGCUACAGCAUUAAACCCAUCCACUAUAGGGUUUGUAGAAAUCCCUGGAGGAGACCCUGACACAGAGGGUUUAGAUGGAAGUCACAUGUUUUCAGGCCUCACAGACUUAUAUGGAAGGGUGGAAGAGCUCAGGACAGAGCUGCGAGCUAAAACAGCAGAGCUGCAGGAGCUUAAAGCGACAGUAAUGGGACAUGAUGGAGUACUGAAGAAGAUUUCAAAUGGAUCAGGAGUGGUGUCAGACUCCACUGACAAUAAUGGGGGAACUGUAGCUAAUCUGAUGGAUGCCAAACUGAGAGCGAUCAGUGUAGAAAUUCUAGACGGGUUUGAGAAGCGCAUAGCUAGUUCGGAGGAACGAUGCAAGGAGAAAGCUGGAGAUGAGCAUCAUCAAUGCCAGAAGGAGCACCGUCAGCAACAAGAGCACAUGAGAGACGCUAUGGAAGACAGCACGACAAAGCUGAGAAGUGAGUUGGGAGCCCUCCAGGCAAUGAUCCAUGGUUUACCAGCCACAGAGGAGUGCUGUGGUAGAAUUAGUGGACUGGUAGAAAGAGUCCAGCAGCUGGAAACCUCAGUGGCGAGCCUCAACCAAUCUCAGGGACAUCUGAGCAUGAAGUUUGGUGGUCACAGGGACCAUAUAGAGGGAAUGUUGGAGGGGCGUCUUAAAUAUGUGGAAACCAAGCUCAACCUGACCGGGAAGCUUAAGAGCGAUAAGUCUGAAAGGAGGAAGGGUAUUUUAGACAGCAUUGUAGUGGGGCAUGGCUUGGAGGCCAGAAUGGAGGGUAAGCUGAGAGCCCUAGAAGACCGCUUACUGUCAGCUUUGGAGGAGCUUGGUAAUGCCACUGCCCCAGCUCUGCUGGAGGGCCAUGCUGUUCCAGCACUAGAAACAGAGCUGGAGUCUCUCCGAGGGAGACUUGAGCUGGACGUAGACAGAGUGCAAAAACAUCUGAGCAGCCUCGAGGUUCUCUGCUCCUCUUCCUGCUCUUCGACCCAAGACUGCAACACUCAGGGAGACUCUGCUGGGCCAAGUGAAACCCAGACACUACAAAAAAAUGUGAAGGAGGUACUGGACAUGCAGGUCGACCGUUUGGAAAGUCUAAACAAUACACUGCAGGACCUUCUGAAGAACCUGACCCUCAGGGAGAAGCAGAUACACGCAGAUGGAAAUUCACCCCUCCAGGCAGAGCUAACGGUCCUCAAGUUCAGUAUUCGCUCAGUCAACCACACCCUGAUAAACCUGCAGGACUCUAUGGGAACAGUGGUCCAUCAGGUGGGAGAAGCUAACAGCUCCUGGCAUGAGAGAGAGGUUCGUCUGGCCCAACAAUUAAAGGGCGUGGUCCAGCUGGUUGGACAUCAGGCCUCUAUGCUUGGGGCGGGUGAGCGCAAACUGACUCGGCUAAAAGGUGAGCUGCAGGAGAUGAAAAGGCGGCUAGCUGAGGAGGUGAGAGGAUGCCGGAGUACGGCCAUGGUGGUCAAAAAAGAGGUGACUGAGGUUGGUGGCCGUGUUUCAAGUGUGGAAGAUCAGUGUAAGGGCUUGAACUACUUGGCUGAAGACCUGGAGCGAAUCAGGGCGGAGCUGGAGAAACAAUCAAACAACCUUCUGUUUCACGUCAACGAGACUCUCUCCAGCCACGCUCAGCAGCUGUCUGAGCUAAAAGGAGAAGUAAAAAACUGCACCUUGAAGGAGCCGACAUACAGUUUAGAGACGACRCCAACAGCCACCCGAGGCGACACGUUCACUUUCAAUUAGUUCAGUUUGUUGGAAUGUUUGGAUUUUAUGGGGGUAAAUAUUUUGCAGCUGUAGUGGGUUUGUACGACAAAUCCUGUUUUUUGAAAUGUAAAACCCAAAGGUUUUGCUCAUGCACUGAUAUGCAGUAUAAAUAAAAAGGGUAGCUGUGAUUACAAUCAUAACACAACCUUGAAACUGAAUCACAAAGGUGCUACAAUAAAGAACCAGUAUUUAGAGUGACUGAGUGAGAGUGACUGUGUGACUGUGAGAGGCUUGUAACAAUUAACUAAUUCUGUUUGUAUAAUGAUUUUCCUAAGUCUAGAUUAGAAAUAUAUAAAGUGUAGAUUUUUUUAUAUAACGUUGACUUUCUCAAACUGUACAUUUAAAUAAAAUCUUUGUAUUUUGA